GGGAGGAAGGCCAGAUGUCGCUCAGAUUAAAAAGGACCAAAAAAUAAAGAGAAAAGAAAAGAAAAGCUGGCCUGGGUUCAAGUCUCCCCAGCUUUACUGAGAUGAAUCAGAUGCAACCCCAUCCUCUAGGGUCUCACAGGCCAGAGGCGACAUCUUUUCAUAGACAGAAGAGGACCUCGCAGGAGCAGGAAAGAGAGCGAAGCCAGAGGCUGGCGACCGUGGGCAGAAGUAGGGGCAUCUCAGAGGCUGUACACCCAGACUGAGAGCCCUGUUUGGCACGGGGCGGGCAGGCCAGGCGAGAGGAGAAAGGUCUCUGCCUCUCAGUCUCUGAAGGACUGCCUGGCGCUGGGAUGCAACAGUGGACCAGUAGGUGGAAAACAAAGGGUCAGACUUGGAUUUUGCUGAUGAGAGCAACCCAGGAUCAAUGCCUGCAUGCUGCAGGCGCUGGGCAUUGUUUCUCUGGAUACCCUCCACUGCACCGUGAGAAAGGAAUUAUUGAUCCUGUUUUGCAGAGGAGGAAACGAAGGUUCAGAGAGAUGAGAAAUCUUGGACAGGGUUACGAAGAGCUAGACUUCAAACCCAAGUUUUUCUUUUUCUUUUGGCUUUUCAGGACCAAACCUGUGGCAUAUGGAAGUUCCCAGGCUAGGGGUGGAAUCAGAGCUGUAGCUGCUGGCUUAGGCCACAGCAACACGGAAUCCAAGCUGCGUCUGUGACCUACCCCACUGCCGCUCACAGCAGCACCGGAUCCUUAACCCCCUGAGUGAGGCCGGGAUGGAAUCCGCCUCCUCAUGGGUAACAGUCGGGUUCGUUUCCGCUGCGCCACAACAGGACCUCCAAAAACCCGGGUUUUUCCGACUCUUAAGCUUGUGCCCCGAACCACCUCUCCUUGCUUCCUCUCUUCAGGAAACACUGGCAGUGAGAACCAGCUCACAGUGUGGGGGAAGGAGCUUCCCAAGACAGGGCAGAGGGUGACAGAGUGGUGCUUUGGCAGAGUGCCUGUCACUUAGUCAGUGCUCUGCCAUCUGCAGUUGUCAUAACAUUUUAUCAUGCAUCUGUCUUCUCACCUGGAGCGUGGGACAGUCCUCCUGGAUUCAAGGACAUGCUGCGAGCUGUGGGGUCAAUGCAGAUGGCAUUUAUGCCACGCAAAGGCCAGCCCAGCCCUGCAGGCGUAGGGAGACACAUCCAGUUCCCAGGAUCAGGGGAAGCUGGGUGACAGCCUCAAUCCAUCAAUGAUAACCGCAGUCCAGCCAAACUUUAUGGGCCCAGGAGGUACUUAAGUGUUGUUGGGUGAAGGCUAGCCCAGUUCCCCUUCCUUGGCACAGGCUGCUGCCCAGAUCAGGUAGGUUGGUGGGGGGUGGGGGGGAGCACCCUGGCCUUGAGAGACCAGUUAUCAGCUUCCAGAGCAAGACCCCAAGGUGGUGGAGUCUGGGCUAGAGUCGGACCUCCUUUUUUCAGCAGUUCAUGACCGGGACUCUCAGCCCUGCAAGAGGAAGAGGCGCCUGGGGAAGCCUCAUGCAUGAGAGAGUGUAGAUCUCAGCUCCCCCUUCGCCCGCCCCGUCCUGGCUUCACCCAAGCACCACCGGGUUCCAGGCUGUGGGCGUGCUCAGUCUGCUCUGCAGCUUCCUCCCCUUGUCUCCUGACACAGGAGGAUACUGGGCUGGGGCGGGGGGACCAGCGUUGAGCUACGGUUGCCUGGGGACCUAAGCUUGGUGUGGAGAAGGCCAGCUAAGGAGAAGGCUUGCUGGGGGAGAAGGACAGCCCUGGGGGCAGCUCUUGCGACCUUUUGCCACAGGCGCCCCGCACCAUGACGGUCUCAUAUACCCUCAAAGUGGCAGAGGCCCGCUUCGGAAGCUUCUCUGGCCUGCUUCUCCGCUGGAGGGGGAGCAUCUACAAGCUCCUCUACAAGGAGUUCCUCCUCUUCGUCGCCCUGUAUGCUCUGCUCAGCAUCACCUACCGGCUGCUGCUGACCCAAGAGCAAAGGCAAGUGUACGCUCAGGUGGCCCGAUACUGCAACCGCUCCGCAGACCUCAUCCCCUUGUCCUUUGUCCUGGGUUUCUACGUGACCUUGGUGGUGAACCGCUGGUGGGCCCAGUACACAAGCAUCCCGCUGCCAGACCAGCUGAUGUGCGUCAUCUCGGCCAGCGUGCACGGGGUGGACGAGCGCGGCCGCCUGCUGCGCCGCACCCUCAUCCGCUACGCCAACCUGGCCUCGGUGCUGGUGCUGCGCUCCGUCAGCACCCGCGUGCUCAAGCGGUUCCCCACCAUGGAGCACGUGGUGGACGCAGGUUUCAUGUCCCAGGAAGAGAGGAAAAAGUUUGAGAGCCUGAAAUCAGACUUCAAUAAGUACUGGGUCCCCUGCGUCUGGUUCACCAACCUGGCGGCCCAGGCCCGGAGGGAUGGGCGAAUCCGUGAUGACAUUGCACUCUGCCUGCUCUUGGAAGAGCUGAACAAGUACCGGGCCAAGUGCAGCAUGCUCUUCCACUAUGACUGGAUCAGCAUCCCUCUUGUCUACACCCAAGUGGUGACCAUAGCAGUAUACUCCUUCUUUGGCCUCUCCCUGGUUGGCCGCCAGUUUGUGGAGCCAGAGGCAGGGGCUGCCAAAUCUCGGGAGCCUCUGGAGCCUGGGCCAGCUCUGGGGGACCUGGACAUGUACGUGCCUCUCACCACUCUGCUACAGUUCUUCUUCUAUGCUGGCUGGCUCAAGGUAGCAGAACAGAUCAUCAAUCCCUUCGGUGAGGAUGACGACGACUUCGAAACCAACCAGCUCAUAGACCGCAACUUGCAGGCGAGCCGGGGUCCGGGGCAGCUCGCUGGGCUCUCCCUCCUUGCCAGCUCUCAGCCUGGGGAUGCAGAAGAGAGGGGGACCCUUGUGACCCGCUCCCUGCCGCAGGUGUCCCUGCUGUCCGUGGACGACAUGUACCAGAACCUGCCUCCGGCGGAGAAGGACCAGUACUGGGACGAGGACUCAGCACUACCGCCCUACACUGUGGCCACGGUGGCGGAGUCGCUGCGGCCUUCCUUCCUGGGCUCCACUUUCAAUCUGCGCAUGAGCGACGACCCUGAGCAGAGCCUGCAGGUGGAGGCGUCCCCCGGGCCGGCCCGGCCGGUGACCGCCGCACAGACGCCGCUGCUCGGCCGCUUCCUGGGCGCAGGGGCGCCUUCGCCCGCCGUCAGCCUCCGGAACUUCGGCCGCGUCCGGGGAGCCCCCUGGACGCCUCAUCUGCUGCGCUUCCGGGCCGAGGACGGCGGCGACCUGGAGACCGCGGACCGUAUCGAAGAGGAGGCGUCGGGGUCGGGGGACGAGGCCCAGGAGCCCUGAGCCGAGGCCGCGGGCCGGCCGCCCAGGCCCCUCCCCGCAGGCCCGCCUCGGCCCACUUCGCCGGCCGUUCGGAGCCAGUAGAGGUGCCUUCCUGUGCGCUGAGCCGGAGCAUGUAGGCUCGGCCCUUGCGUGGACAGAAGGGCCUGAACCAGGGCUGGGAAGCACCCACUUUGCCUCGGGGCGGCGGUGGGUAGGGAGGUGAAGCUAAGGCGCGAGGGGCGAGGCCGCGGAGGACUGGAACCCAGGCGCAGUUAAUUUCCUCCGCGAUGAGGGGACUGGCCAGUUCGUACACUUGGGGGGCGCACCCGCAUCACUCAAGGGCUGGUUAUUUUGGGUACCACUCCCAGCGUUUCCAAUUCCUUAGAUGUAGGAUAGAGGUCAAUAACUUGCGUUUCUAAGUUUCCAGACGCUGCUGCCGGUCCAGGCAUCACAAUUUGAGACCUACAUUAAAAGGGCCCCUUGCGGCGCAGCAGAAACGAAUCCGACUAGAAACCAUGAGUUUGCGGGUUCAAUCAGUGGGGUUAAGGAUCCCACGUUGCUGUGAGCUGUGGUGAGAGUAGCAGAUGUUGCUGUGGCUGUGUAGGCCAGUAGCUAUAGCUCUGACUGGACCCCUAGCCUGGGAACCUCCAUGGGCCCCAGGUGCGGCCCUAAAAAGCAAAAUAAAGUUUAGAGUACUAUCUUAUUCUGAUUACCUCACGCUAAAGAGGAGUCAGUGUGCGGGGGACUUAUGCUUUUAUCUGUCGUGCUCAAUUCUUUGUUUACAAUGAGAACAUAUUCGUUUACCACUUCUGCAAAUGAAAUUGCUUAAAACUGAAUUGGCGGGA